CAAGGAUCAUUUCUAUGGUACCUCUACUUAGAUAAAAUAUACUGUUUACUCUCAGUAAGAAAUGUCAAAGUACUGUCUGAAUAUUACGUCCUUGAUGUGCACAAGAAGCACACUCUGAAUGAUGUGGUGAUGUGGUCUUUCUAUCAUUUUCUUCAUCCUGUGACUGACUUGAACAAGAACCAAAUUAUGAUAGUGUAUGACAUGCUGGAUUGGGGUGCCACAGGAGAGAUUGGGCUUUUGAUGAGUUUACAUGCUCGUUUGUGUCUAUUGUCACACGAGAAUCACUUGGAAGAGCAGUUUAUCUAUCGCCAUUCCCGGCCUGUGUUUGAGCUGCUUGACAGAGAAGGGAGCCUCAGGGUUAGGCUAAGCCAGUUUGAAGCCUUUCGAUUCCUCUUCAUUCAGGAACAGGAAAUGAAACAGCUCUUUAAGAUUGAUGUUACAGGUGAUGAGCGUCUUAAUUACAAGGAGUUCAAGUUGUUUACUAUAUUCUGCCUUGACAAACAUCAGGAAAGGCAGAAAUCAGAGAGAAAUAAAAAUCUGCUCCUGAAACAGAAAAGUCUCUUUGAAAAGUGGAUGAGAGCAACACAGAUUAAGAAAUGA